GACGCCGUCGCCAUCAUGGCGGGCAGGGGGGCCUCACGCGUCCCGGAGCGGUGGACCGACUACAUCCCGCUGGGCUGCAGGAUGCCGGGCACGCGCUUCAUCGCCUUCAAGGUGCCCCUGAAGAAGGGUUUGCGGCUUCCACCUGCCAGCGUCCUGCCCAAACCACCCCAGGAUUCAGUGACCAAACCCUGUUCUGCUUCAGCCGGUUCCUCUUGCCCGAGUCAUCCCCGAUCUCCAGGACGCUCCGGAGCAGCAGCCUCCCCCCACCCAGAUUCAAUAACUGAGCUCUUAAAACAUCACUUCCUGCAGAGUUUUGAGCAGAACCUCCUGCCAGAAGAGAGAUUUUCCCCUCACGACCUCAUCAGGAAGGUCAAGGAGCGGAAGGAGGAGCUGGGGCUGAUCAUCGACCUGACGUACACCACGCGCUACUACGGCCGCGAGGAGCUGCCCCCCACGCUGAGGUACUCGAAGAUCCUGACCAUGGGACGUGAGAUCCCAAACAGAAGAACCAUUUUGAGGUUCAAUUACCUGGUGAAAAAGUUCCUGACAGACAACAAAGACAACGAUAAACUCAUCGGGGUGCACUGCACGCAUGGCUUGAACAGGACUGGCUACUUGGUCUGCAGGUACCUGAUUGAUGUUGAAGGCAUGGAGCCAAAUGCUGCCAUAGAGUUGUUCAACAAGUCUCGAGGGCAUCCCAUGGAGAGACCAAACUACAUCCAGGAUCUGCAGAGGAGAGCCCUGAAAAACUGUGAGCUGAAGAAUUUGGGCUCGGAGCUCUCCAGGAAAAAAGGCAGCGCCCCAGGCAAGCCCCAGAAGCAGCUGGUGAAGCAGCAGCCACCCCUGGCAGUGCCCAGGAGUCCCGGCAGCUCCAAGAAGAAGCAGCAGCCUGGCCCCACGGCUCAGGGACAGCCCCAGGAGCCGGGCCACAGGCACGGGGCCCUGGGGCAGGGACAAUGCUUUUACACGGAAUUUUUUUAA